AUGACCAUGCUAAUUCUGCGAGGGUGUCAGAUGAUAGAUUUAAUUCACACAAGCCGAGUGUUGUCAUUGUGGCAGCACUUGUCCCAUUACAGAGCCUCGCCUAAACGACACUCUAACUAUCUCAUCAGCACUCCAGGCAAAAAGACCCAAAUCAAAAAAGAAAGGACAUUGACGGACGAAAACUGGAUUAUAGCGAGGAGCAGCAAGAAAUCCCGAAGAAACCGUACCACUUUUACCACUUACCAGCUUCACGAGCUUGAGAGAGCUUUCGAGAAAUCACAUUAUCCAGAUGUGUACAGCAGAGAAGAACUAGCGAUGAAAAUAAAUCUACCUGAGGUCCGAGUACAGGUUUGGUUUCAAAAUCGCCGAGCGAAGUGGAGAAGGCAGGAAAAACUCGAAAGUUCCGCUAUUAAAAUAAAUGACACAUACCCCAUGUCCGCGCUCACUACGAAGUCCGGAUGUGGUUUUGGGACGUCACUUCCGCUUGACCCCUGGAUGACUUCGCCGAUCACAAACAACGCUUCAUCUCACCCCGUCUCGUCCCUUACAUCAUCAUCAUCAUCCAUUUCAACUUACCCGACAUUCAUUUCAUCGCCGGUGUUCAACUCGAACUGUGCAAUGAGCUCCACACUUCAUGCUUUGUCAGGUGUUUUUAACUGUGCCGGUAAAAUACCGGAAGUAGAUUCACGGAAUUCAAGUAUUGUUUCGCUUCGAAUGAAAGCUAAGGAGCAUAUGGACAGCUUUGAGCGGAAAUACUGA